GUUUUUGGCAUCGCUGGACCCGCGCUCGCCACCACCCCAGCUUGUCGCCCUAGAACAGACAUGCAAACAACACGGGCUCGUGGAGCUCGAGGACGAUGAAGACAUACCCUGGUCUUCGCUGUUUUUUCCUGUGGGCUCUGUGGACGUCGAGGGAGUUGGAGUGCCCCCCCUGCUCCACUACAGCCUGAAGGAGGUGGACAUGCUUGGCUUCCUGAAGGCAAAGGGCUGGUGGAUGACUCUGCCGGAUGAGGCAUGGCCGAAGGUCCAGAAUGUCUUCAAGAUGUUCGAACCGUGCGUCAGCGUCCUUCUCGCGCACAUCCGCACGUCUUUGGGCAUGGCAGUCUACCAGGAGUUCAUGCUCUUGUGGAGAUAUUUGAUCCUCCACCUGCCUGGCCACGUCGUUGAUGCUGCCCGCGAGGAUGGCUCGACAUUGCUGUCGGCGAUGCUUCAGUUUCUGCAUGACGCAGAUCCCGAUGGGCUGGAUGCCAUUGUCCUUGCCUUUGUUGAGCACAAGCCGCUGAAACCAGAGGUCUUGAACCGCAAGGUGUUCGACCGGAAGAGACAACUGUCCAUCCCCUUGCUAUGGUACUGCCACUGGACUGCAGUCAACAACCUCAA